GAACAGCGCGGAGGAUUUUUCGACUUGAUUCUAGGGUGAAACGGCUGAGCGUAUUCCGGAGAAACAACAUGAGGAGCGCAAUGCAGGAUACGAUGCAGGGUCAACCGAAAGCGGAAGCUACCACUAACGCGCGGACCUGCACCUCCCGCGUCCGCCACGUCGCACAAAAUCACUCACAACAUCGCGUUGCAUCCAUACAUAUUGACAACACGAAUCCAACUUUGUGCUGGCAUCUAUGCAGCAUAGCAGGGGGAACGUAGUCUUUCUGCACGCGUAUGCCCAAGGUCGGGAAAUUCGAACCUUCUACGGUAGUCACGAUGUUGCUUUACCCGGCCAUCGUGGUCUUAUACUCCGUCCUUGCAUGUACAAAGCUGCCACGGCAUGAUCCGAGAUAUUCGGCCCUUUCGAUGACGCCUUAUGUCCGGGAUCAUAGAAUUUGGCCGAGUGCAACUGCAUCGUGGCCCAGGCUGUGCCGACCGGGCAUUUUCCAGCUGUUCUUCUCAAUCGGAACAAACCGAAAGCAGAUGACAAUUCAGGCCGACCGUCGUCUAUGCGCUCGUAUCCGGUACCAGAACAUGCACUCAGUUACGUGCAUGCAAGGCGGCCUCUACACAGUACUUCGCAUAAGCCACGCUCCGAACACGCACCCACGUGUAUGCUAGAUACACGUGGGUUUCGGGCCUUCGGCACAACACCGUUAU